UUAAAGUUUAAUAGCCGUUCGUGGCAGCGGCUCCGGGCCGGGGGGAGCGAGGAAGUCGCGUCUUGAGCUAGCUCGUCUUCUUCUCUUCUACCUUUGGCGCAUAGAAAAUGGACAAACGCCAUCUCCCUCCCAAAUUCUCCUCCAUGGCUCAGAAUCAACUGAUCGAUUCCCUCACAUCUCACAUCUCUCUCUACCACUCUCAUUCUUCGUCCUCCUCCAUACCUACUGCUAGCCCUAAUCCUAGGCCCGCGAUCCUCCGAUGGUUCUCUUCUCUCAGCCUCCACCAGCGCCUCUCUCACCUCACCUUCGUUGAUCCCAAGUUCGUCCAAAUUCUACUCCAGAUGCUCGGUUAUAUCCACACCAAAGGCCGUGGCUCUUUCAUCAUCCUCCCAGACCUCCCUUCCUUGGAUCUCCCCGGUCUCUGCUUCAAAAAGUCUCGUGGCUUAAUCUCCAGAAUUGCCCUGUCCAACGUCUCAGAGCGUUGGAUUUUCGACUCCACUCGGCUCUUUGGUUCCACACAAGGCGAAAGGCCCCAAGAUUGCUCUUGCUCCGUCAGUUCUCUCGACUCCGUCGUCAUGGCCGAGGAGUUCCUUGCGAAUGUGGAUCGCUUCGUGGAGACUAUGGAUGCUUUAUCGAAUGGGGCGUUCUUGAGAGGGGAAGAGACAUACCUGGGCUCCGAUUGGGUAGAACUGGAGUGGCUCAAAGCCAAAGGCUAUUAUACCAUGGAAGCCUUCAUCGCCAAUAGGUUAGAGGUAAGCUUAAGAUUAGCUUGGUUGAACACCAAUAGUGGGAAGAAGAGAGGAAUGAAAUUGAAAGAGAAACUGAAUGCUGCCGCUGCGGCAGCGAAUGCGUAUUGGAGGACCAAGGCAUGUGCUGAUUGGUGGCAGAAUCUGGAUGCCGCGACACACAAGAACAUCUGGACUUGUUUGCUCGGCAAGUCGGCCAAGUCUGUGGAACUUAGGGUAAACUUGCAUACAGGACGUCUCUGUCAUUCUGGUGUGAGCUCUGCCGCUAUGUUCCAUUACAUGUUAUACAAUUUGUGUAUUUGCGAUUUGAUUUUUCCUAGAUUUCCCUUGUCGUUGCAAUCUCAGAUAUAUGAGAUUCUUAGAGAAGCAAAUCAAGCACCGCAGGGAGACAUGUGGCUCUUCAAUUUUGCAAGGGAAGGGCGUACAGAAACUUCUGCUUCAAGGAUUUUGGGGCAUGCCUCUGUAUCAAGGAGACCUAAUACCGUAGCCAGUAAUUUAAGCGGCUUAUACGUACUUCAAGAAUUUGCUUCAUUUCUCAUCUCAUGUCAAAAUGGCUCAGUUUCAGUACAAAGUGUAUUCUUCAGCUCAUUGGGUUCUCUCACAACCUUAGUUGACUGCAUAUUAAGAAAGCUACGGGGUUUUCUUAUGGCAAUCUCCGUUGAUUCUGUUAAACUUGAGCUUCUUGAACAAAAUACUCACAACUGUUCCCCGAGUUCAUCUUCCAAGCAGAGGCUUGGUUCAACCAGCCGUAAACACAAAGGAAAGACCGGGAAGAUGAAAAAGCCAACCCCGGAGGCUAAAUCUGAUAAAAUCGUGAAUUUGUCCUCGAAAAGCAUAAAGAAAGAUCAAGCUAACGUGGAAUUUAACAAAAACAAAGAUGCGGUAGAAUGCAAGAAAGUUACUACAGCAUCAACAGUUAUCAAUUGUUCUGAGGCCUCCGCAGUAAAUGUGGGGGUUGUCCCAGGGUUGGUUGCCAGGAAAGGAAGAAGUAAAAAUAAAAGGAAAGCAAAGAAUAAGAAUAAGAAGUGUACAAGUUUGGAAAACACCGGGGCAGUGAAUAAGGCCGUAGUGAAUAGUUCAGCCAUCCAAAAAGCUCCCGAAUGUGAUUUAAGUCGUACUUCUGCCAAUCAGCUUCCUGAGGAAGAUAUAGAUGCUGAGAGUAUUGGAGAGCAUGGUUCAGUUAGCUGUGAUAGGAGUGGCUCAGGGACAGGUGCAUCUGUGAAUGGUGCAGUUAAAUGUGAGAAUUAUGGAGAGGAAGAAUCGCACGGAAAAGCUGGAACGUAUGUGAUUUCAUCAGCUUUGACUUCUGCGGAUUCUGCCGGUACUUCAAGCUGUGAGAACGUGACUAAAAAGACUUGCUGUUCAGGUGAACGUAAAGACAUGAAAAUGUCUAAUGGACGAUCCAGAACUUUGGAGGAAGGGGAAUCCCAUCGGAUUCACCAUCGGAAAAGAGAAGCAGCAGGUUAUGGUAUUGCCUCCAGCAGUUCAGAAUUUUUUUCUUAUGAGUGGCCUGCCAUAGCUCCCAUGUACUUUCCACAUGUUAAUUCUCACCUUCCAACUGCCACUGAUAGGCUGCAUCUUGAUGUUGGUCACAAUUUGCAUGCAUACGUACGCCAACCUUUCGUGCCAACUGUACAUCAUGCUAGAAAUCCUUCCAUUGAAGGUGCCCACAAACAAGUUCUUUCUCGACCAAUGCCCAUGAGUCUAGAUUGGCCUCCCAUGGUUCAUAGCAAUUGCGGCUUGACAACAGCAUUUCCCUGCAAUUAUGAUUCUGGAAUUCUUGUGGACAUUCCUGAACAGAAAAAUAAGCCCGAGCUAGUGAAUGAAUGCGAGAAUAACUGGAUGUUGGAGGAAGAUUUUGAGAUGCACACUGUUUCUGGAGUAGACUAUAAUCAAUAUUUCGGUGGUGGAGUGAUGUAUUGGAAUCCUUCCGAUCAUCUAGGGACUGGCUUUUCUCGCCCUCCGUCCCUUAGUUCUGAUGAUAGCUCUUGGGCUUGGCAUGAAGCUGAAAUGAAGAGGUCUGUUGAUGACAUGGUUGCUUUUUCGUCUUCUUACAGCACAAAUGGACUAGCGUCUCCAACUUCGGCGUCGUUCUGUUCCCCUUUUGAUCCGUUGGGCCCGGCAAAUCAGCCUCUCGGUUAUGUUGUGCCAGGUAAUGAAAUAUCUACUAAAGUACUCCAAGCUCCCCCAACAACAAGUGAAGCUGCAGGUGAAGAGGAAGUCUCUGGAACUUUGGCUAGUUUACCAGUGGAUGUUGAAGGAAUUUCAGGAGACGCACAUACUUAUCCGAUUUUGCGUCCUAUCAUCAUCCCAAAUAUGUCAAAAUCAGAAUACAAGCGUAGUUAUGAUACCAAAAGCCCAAAUGUUCCACCUACAAGGCGCGAGCAUCCUCGUAUAAAGCGGCCUCCAUCACCUGUAGUACUAUGUGUUCCACGUGCUCCUCGUCCACCACCACCUUCUCCCGUGAGUAACUCAAGAGCACGGCGAGGUUUUCCAACUGUGAGGUCUGGAAGUUCAAGCCCAAGACACUGGGGUAUGAGAGGCUGGUUUCAUGACGGUGUAAACUGGGAAGAACCUUGUGGAGCGGAGGUUGUUUGGCCCUGGAGAAACAAAAGCCUUGCAGUCAGGCCGAUCAUUCAACCUCUACCUGGGGCCCUCCUGCAAGAUCACUUAAUUGCAAUGUCGCAACUAGGCCGAGACCAGGAGCAUCCUGAUGUGGCCUUCCCUCUGCAACCACCCGAGUUAUUGAACUGUCCAACUCAAGGGGAAUCUCUAUCAUCAAUCCACGGUCUUCUUAAUGACGAAAUAGAUUUUUUCUGCAAGCAGGUCGCUGCAGAGAAUAUGGCCCGUAAACCUUAUAUCAAUUGGGCGAUUAAGCGGGUUACCAGAUCUCUCCAAGUUCUGUGGCCCAGGUCUAGGACGAACAUAUUUGGUUCUUCUGCAACUGGUUUGUCCCUCCCUUCUAGUGAUGUGGACCUUGUGGUUUCUCUUCCUCCAGUGAGAAAUUUGGUGAGCAAACUUAAAAACAUUCCCCUUAUGCAUUACUUCUUGAACCGGAAGCUCUUAUACAUAUACCAACCUCAGGAACCUAUCAAAGAGGCAGGAAUUUUGGAGGGUCGCAAUGGUAUAAAGGAGACAUGCCUUCAGCAUGCAGCCAGGUAUCUCGCGAACCAAGAGUGGGUAAAAACUGACUCUCUGAAGACAGUUGAAAACACAGCUAUACCAAUUAUCAUGCUUGUUGUGGAAGUCCCUUGUGAUAUGGUAUGCAGUUUACAGUCACCAAAAGAUGGCAAAGAGUGUAUCACCGUUGACCAGGACAGCAAUAGUAUCACUGAAAUAGUUGGAUUUGAAGAGACUGCAGCAGCCAACUCUUUGCCGAUAAACCCUGGAAACUUGGCAAAUGCAAAGUCUGUCCGUCUUGACAUCAGUUUCAAAACUCCAUCCCAUACGGGUCUUCAAACCACACAACUGGUCAAAGAUCUGACAGAGCAAUUUCCAGCUGCCACGCCACUUGCUUUGGUGUUAAAGCAGUUUUUGGCUGAUCGUAGCCUGGAUCAAUCAUACUCUGGGGGAUUAAGCUCUUAUUGCCUGGUCUUACUGAUUACACGUUUUCUUCAGCAUGAGCAUCAUCUGGGGCGCUCUAUCAACCAAAACCUUGGGCGGCUUCUAAUGGAUUUUCUUUACUUUUUUGGUAAUGUGUUUGACCCUCGCCAGAUGCGUGUUUCAGUGCAAGGAAGUGGUAUCUAUAGGAAUCGGGAGAGGGGUUAUAGUAUUGAUCCGAUACACAUCGAUGACCCUCUUUUUCCAACAAAUAAUGUCGGGAGAAAUUGCUUCCGUAUACAUCAAUGUAUUAAGGUAAAUUGGAUCCUGCAUUUUCUGAAGCAUACUCUGUUUUGGAGAAUGAGCUCACAUGCAUUACUAGUUCUAGUGAUUCGUGUGGAAAACAGCUACACAAUUUGCUUCCCAAAAUCAUCCCAAGUAUCAUUUCAUCUUAGGAUUCCAGAUGUGUUUUCGGUGGCGCACAAGCUCUUGAAGUUGCAAGCUGCUGCCGAUGAUGAUGAUGAUGAUGAUGAUGAUGAUUGCAAGUUUGCAACUGCCCUGGCUAUGGGAUUCGAGGCUGGGAAGCUUACUUACCUCUGUGAGUCCAAAAUGUUAUUGUGAAGAUAGGCUUCCGCAACAUAGACCAGAUUUGCUUACAUGGUGUUGUUGAUGUAACAAAAGACUAGAUGGUAAGUAAUAGUAGCUGCAUUCAAUUGCAUAUUUGCACAUAGUUAGAUGACUCAGCAUAUGCUUGGCCAGCACCCAGCCUAAGUAAGAAAAUGCAGUGGUUGAAGAGAGAGAUGAGAGCCAUAUAAAAAAAAAGAGACAACAAUGGGAGAUUAAGAACAUGCCUGCGGCUGAUUUGAGAGAUGAUGUAAGUCGCAAGUCAAGUGGGCAGAAGUAAAGUAAUGUUGGAUAUGACACAUUGUUUUGUAGGCAUGGCUGGGCUUAGCUAGUGAUAUCGAGGAAUGUUUUGGGAGAGAGGAAAACAAAGUAGGGGAAUAUCAGUGAGUGAGUGUGACGACGACCUUUUCUUCGUUUGAGGAAAAUUUAAGCCAAUGUAUGAUGGCGAAUGUGCCUUUUGUUCCUUGUAAAGAUAAACAAGAGAUUAGAUAUAGCUCGUGCUUCUCAUCUUUCCCACUCCAUAAACCGUUCACCUUUUUUCCCACGUCUUUUGCUGUAAAGUAAAGUACACAAACCAAAGAAUACGUAACUUGAAGCCCAAAGAAUGAGAGAAUCGUACGAUUCGAUGCAGCAGC